CUCCACCCAAUUUCCAGGAUUGCAACUUGAACGACCUUAGCAAGAUGGCGGAUAGCAGCAGCGGGGGGGGAUCUCAGCCUCCCUUUAUCCCGCUGUCCCCACCCAAGUGUGAAGUGGACGAUUCACCUCUGCAGGGCAAGAUGCUGAACAAGAAUAAGGAAUCCCUGAAAGUAAAGCUGAUGCUGAGGCGGCCUCGGGAGGACCUGGUCAGCCGCGGAGUCAUUCCUCCCAUGAAUACUCCAGCUGCCUUCUACGAGCAGCGGCAGAAGCUAGACAUGGCAAAGAAACAUGACAUUCUCAAGCAGAAAAUGCAGCGGAGACCUGACAGAGAGGAACUUGUACGACAACAUAUUUUAGAAGAUGCACCUGGUAACAUUGACCCAUCACUAGUGGAAAAACAGAAACAGCUGAAGAGAGCCAGAAUAGCCGAUGCCAUAAGUGACCACCUCUGUCAGCGGCCUGGCCCUCUGGAGCUGGUCAGAGCCAAUAUCCUCCAUACUUCAGAAGACUUGGAGAAAGCUGUUAAAGAGGGACAGUUGAUGUUUAAAAGUACAAGUGAAGGAGAACCUAGAAAGCAUCCAAGCUUGUAUGUGCAGUUUGAAGAUGAGUCAAGCAGUGAGGGUGGCAUGUCUCCAGACCAGAGUGAGGCUGGAAGUGCCACAGGGGUCAGAGAGCAUAUGUCACCCAGUCCAGUACUGUUAGAGACCACUUCAGCUCCUGCAACCACAGCAGUGAUCCCUCCACCGCCACCUCCUGUUGCUCCCACUGUCACAGCAGCACCUGCUACCUGUGCAACAGAUUUGGCAGCGCCCUCCCCUUCUCUCACUUCCACCACCUCCUCUCUCUCGCCUCUGUCUUCUCUCGCGUCUCCUCAGCACCCUCUCCUUCCUUCUCCUCAAGCCUCUGCUCUCACCCAAACACUCUUUGUCACUCGUACUCCUCUUCCCCAUGCCCUCACAACACCUCCACAACAAAAUUCUGCUCCAGGCAAGGACCAGUCCAAGAGCAGGAAGAAGUCAAAAGGAAAAACUCAGCCCAAAGCUAGAACUAUCAAGUUUCAUGAAUAUAAGGGCCCUCCAAGUGCAGUCAAGAGAGAAUCAAGUACGAGUUCCUCAGAGACUUCCUACGACAUACUUCUUCAGCAGCAACAGUUAUUUUUGCAGUGUCAGCUAGAACUGAAACAGAAGUAUCCGCAGAUCAUCUUGCCCGCGGCGCUCAAACCCUCAAACAAUGACAGCACUAGCAGUCUUCCGUCUGUGAUAAAGGUAGCUCCCACCCCCCCUCCACUGCCUUCUUCCACAGUGGCGAGUGGACUCACCCUCUCCCAGGUACUCCACACGCCAUCGCACACACCCACCACGACGCCCACUCCGUCUUCUACUCCACCUGCUCCCCCCCCUCCACCCACGCCCCCCGAGACCAGCAUCAGAGUGCACACCAAGUUAGAGGAUAUGAAAGUGUCAGAUCUGAAAGCUGAACUGAAGAAAAGAAACUUGCCAGUAUCUGGUUCAAAGCCCCAGUUGAUAGAGAGAUUAAAGACUCAUGCAGCGCAGAAUUCCAGUGUGGCGAGUAGUGUUACCAAUAGCAAUAGCAGCAGUAGCAUCAGCAGCAGCAACAGUCUCAGUAGCAACAAUAACAACAACACCAACAAUAUUAGCAACAAUAACAACAACAACAAUCUUAGUAACAGUAUGAAUAACAAUGCAUCUGUUACCCUGAGGUUAGGGAGUGUAGAGAGAGAAACAGUCACUCCCAUCACAACCAUGGAGGGUGACGGCAAAGGACAUGUCACACGGACUGACACCUCUGGCAACACUGUGUUGUCUGUGGCACAUCUGCUGGAGCAUUCUUCGACACCAACUCCAACACAAUCGGCGUUUAAUUAUACAGACGAUUCUUCAGUUCAAGGUUUACUGGAAGGGCCAAUGGACUUCAGAGAUGACAGUGUUUCAUCUCCUGCCUAUUCUCACAUUUCCACUUCCUCCACGCGCCCACCCAGUGUGGCUCCCAUGGAUGUGGACUUCGACUCUGCCAUGGACACAAAUGACUUCCCACCUCUUACUCCGGGCGAUGCGUUAACCCCUCUUAGUAUUCACAUAAGUGAUGGUGGCUCAAUUAAUACCCCGCCCCCACCUCCACCACCUCCUCCCCCUCCACCACCUCCAAGUAAUCACAUCAUCAGCGCCACGGCUUCCACCAUACCCGUCGCGAGUGUCCUGUUAUCGCCAAUAAUUCAGACAGUCAACACUGCCCCAAAUCAGACAGUGACAGCGAGACAAUCGACCCCACAGGCCACAGCAGCCCCCACUGUGAUGUCCAAUGAGAGCAUGGCGAAUCUGCAGAGAAGAAUAGAGGAGCUGCAGAGAGAAUUGCAUCACACCCAGAUGCAGCUUCGGUUGCAGCAGCAGCAGAACAUUAUCAAAGCUCAGGAACAGCAGUGUAAAAAUAUCCAGGAUAACAAGCUUAACCAGAAGCUGAUACUGCAGCAGCACAUCCACAACAAAAAGCAACAGCAGCAACAGCAGCAGCUGCAGUGCCACAUACAGCAGUUACACCAUUUACAAACACUGCAUCAGAAACAGCAGCAGUUGUUGCAGCAGCAGGUUGUGCAUGACACAGGCAAGCCCAAGAUCCAGGAGAAUGGGCUCAUCCAGCAGCACCAGCAGCCACAGCAACUGGAGCUGAACAACCAUGACCUUGGCAACGGAGAGGUGAAGGUGAAGUCGGAGAAUGUAUGGGACCAGCUCCUCAGCUCGCCCAACCCCCACACCAACGAGCAACCAAAGACUCAGCGUUCGGGAUCCAUAUCCUCGCAAAAUGGCAUUACAGUCAAUGCUCAUCAGCGAACUGCGUCUCUACCAAAUGUAUCGGGAAUCAUUAUCACCAGUGCCAGUGAAAAUACUGCCAAUAAUAAUAAUAAUAACAAUAACAAUUUAAAUAGAACUACUACAGAAUCACAGUUUGUACUGAAACCUCCUCCUAACUAUGAUGAAGCGACCAAGCAGUUAAAAGGAACAUUAAUAUCAAAUAAGGCCCCAGUGACUGGACAGAACAGAAAACCAUCUGUUAAAAGCCAGGCUGUGGACGAUGUAUUAGAAAUUCUCAUCAAAAAUGGAGAGUUGCCUCCAAGUGCAGCACAAGAUCCUCACACCCCGACCCAAAUCAAGUGUAGCCGAACUGGGCCAACGUUUACCAGUUCUUCGGGUGACUCUCCUACUAUUUACACCACAUCUCCUGCUGUGCCAGUUAUCUUCAGCAGCAGUUCAGCAUCACUGCCACUUGUAUUCACAACCUCAUCUACUGCACUCCCCGUUGUGUAUACGACGACCUCUGCAGUCCCAUCGACUCAAGAGACCACUGUUCCGCCUCCACCACCACCCCCACCUCCACCACCGCAUCAUUCUAGUCAACGCAUCACUAGUGCCACGGUUGCAAGCUCAGUAGCACAGCAACCAGUGCCAGGGAUACCAAGCUCCUGCACAUCUCCUAUAGUAACUAGUGGCCUCAACUCUCACUCCCUCUUUGCUGAUCUUGUGAUGGAGGGCCCCAAUCAGCCUGGCUUGGAGCUUCCUCUGGACCUGGACUUACCCGUGCUUGAAGGCAUGGAGCUCGGCACCUUGGAGCACACGCUAGAUCACAACAAUAUUCCACAGGAUCUGCUCAUCUCCCACAGACCAGAGGAGUCCUUCAUCACCGUAGGCCCAACCAUGGACGUUAAGAUGGAGGUGAACGAUGACGUUGACGUAGCCUCUUGGCUCGACUCCUUGGUGCCCACUCCCAAUGGUCCAGUGUUGACGUCGGGGUCUUCCACAUUCACAGCGCCCUGGCCACCCUCACAGUUGAUUUCAACAUCGGGAAACAGCAGUGACAGUGGCAUUGGGAGUAAUUACAGCAGUGGUAGCAACAGCAGUUGUAGCAACAGAGGAGGUAACCACAGUAGUUGCAGCACUAGUAGCACAAGUAGUAGUGGUGGGAGAAGUGGUAUUAGUGUUAAUCAAAGUGAUCCACUGCUCUCUAAUAACCAGGACCAUUUAGACCUCUUUAACCUGGAGGAGAUGGACCUCAAGGCUCACGAUGUGACAUCAGGCCUAUCAUGGGACCGCAUCGAUUUUACUGCAUGAGAGUUUAGUGUGCUGAUCACAUAGUUGGUCAUCCUUCGUGUACCAUGUACUGAUCAAAGCCAGUUCACUAUGUUCAAUGUCUGGUCAAUGUAUGUCCAAGUGUGGGACCAUUGGCUGACAAAGACUGAAAGUCAAGGGACCAUUGACUGCAGUAGAUUUCAGCCUUGACUGACUAGCAUAUUUAAUAGCUGAAGUGCUACUGCAUCUUGAGUGACUGGCAGUACCCUAAUGUGGCUACUGAUAUAAGUGUUAAUGUCUGUGAUGACAAAUGAGUGCCUUACAGUACUCUAACAAAGGACCAUUGAAUAUUUAGUUCAUAUUUUAGGUUGUGUUCAGCCAACUCCACACAAUUCCCUGUUAUUCCAUUUUGACUACCUGUCAUAUAGAUCAUGCUCACAAUCAUUAUUAGAAGUUUUAAAAACUUUAAUCAUAAAUCUCUAGAAAUUUCUGUGUCAAGUAUAUAUAUGAUGUAUCUGUAAAUAGUUCCUUCAUGUAAAAUGGUGCUGUUUUGACUAUUUCCACUUGUUUGAGUUUUCUCCAAGAUAUAUGCUACUUGUCAGUUAAUCCUGCAAAUUGGUCAGGUGUAUCACUAUGUACUGUAAUAAGUGUAUGAUAAGUUUUGGGAACAAAUCUACCCCUUCCAUAAAUUUUUGCUGUGUACUUGCCUUAUUGAAGUGGAGCUCUGAAUUCAUGAAGUUGAAUCUGUUUUGACUUUAUUGCUCUGUACAUAUGUUAUGCCUAGGUAAUUUUUGUGACAAGAGUGAAGGCUCUUUCACCUACGCUGUGAUUAUUAUGUAUGUCAGGAACAGCCAGUCAUGUCUAGCCCACUGAAGGCAGGCACACAGUCUAACCAUUCCAUGAUGACCCUCGGCCCAUGGCUGUGUCUUCGAUUCUGAGAGACCCCAGCCGGGCGCUAUCACCCUAGCUCAUGGUGUGCAAAUCUCCGCCUGGCAUGUGGUGUCCAACACCAUUAAAACGUAUUCCGGGCUUGUAGUAGUUUGAAAACCCACUCAUUAGAAACCUGUCUAGUGGAGUUUUUGAAAAAUCUAUAGGCGCAACUUGGGUUUACAAAGUUCAAAACCAGUUCUUCAAACCCACAUUCAUGAAGUCCAGACAAAGAAUGAUGACCCUGACCAGAGGUAUCAAAUUGCCAUUACCUUUCCCUCUCAUGGUGUCUAAAGCCUGUUCACUGUAUCAGGUCAUAACUUCUGAUCAUACCCAUGGUUUCUAUAACUAGUGCUUAUGCCCCUGGCAUGUGUACAAAACCAGCAUUUGUAACACUUACUGAAGAUGUUUUAGCUUGCACCAGUUCAUGAAUGGGUCAUUAAGAAUGAGCUUAAUUAUAGCUGCAGAGUGAACUGUGACAGGUCCAUGGAGUUAUUGCAAGCUUUAAACUUUGGUAUGUCGAACUCUCUCUCUGUCGACGCUCAUGUCCAUGGCUCAUUAAGUUACCGAAGCCAGUCAUUGUAAUCUUGGAACAUGAUGAUACAAAUCUCUGCAGGUAAUCCUAGCUUUUAAUGCCCACAGCUGAUGGUGUCCAAAGCUUGCUGUAUCGACCUAUAGCUCAAAGUAAUCAACACUUACAUUUGUAACAAAGGGAAAGAUACUCAGACUGACUCAGACGUCCAUAUGUUACCCCUACGUGGAGACGUCAAACUUAAACAUUGUACAGUUUAUGUAGGCUGACCGUGCUCCCAAGAAUUUAUUUUAUUGUUUUAUUUUUUCUUGGUGAUCAUGAGCCUAUGCAGUGUAUUGUAUUGUACUGAAUGAAGGCAUCAUGUUCGGUCUUGUAUGCAAUAUGUUCAUGCACAUGUUCAAACUUUUGCGGUAAGAAGUGGGUCUGAACAGCAAAAGGCAUCCAUAUCUGUCAGUGUUGCCAGGUAUAGCCAUCUGAAUGCAGAAGUCUCAGCAGUAUUCUGAGUCCUGUGUCUUAGUCAUAAUGGCAUCUGGUAUACCUCGGUCACUAAUGUUGUGUGCUCGAGUCUCUGUGGUCAUGUGGCUGCUCUCCCAACAUAUACAAGUGGAAUAGUAAUCCCACAAACUCUUGAGGGUACCAAAAUGACAUAGACCUUGGUUGCAUAUUACUGUUAUCAUAGAAAACUGAGCCAUUAUGAUUCAUAGGUAUGCCUUCAUGCAUUAACUGUAUAGGGUGAUGCUUCUUCAUAGCCUAAGCUAACUUCACACGAACAUGUACAUUUAUCAACAGCUCUCUCUAUUUUUCAUCCUUUCAUCCUCUUCCCCCCCCCCCUCCACUCUUCUUCAUCCCAGAUGGUUAUUCUUUGAAUGAUUCAAAUGAGGAUAGGAAGCCUUGCUGGUAAACAUGUGCCAAUUUGCUCAGACAGAUAGCCAUUAACUGCGUCUAUUAAUUAAGGCUAACCAGAGCUUGCACAAAAAAAGAAAAAAGAAAAAAGAAUGUCAGUCUGCACAAUGAGAUAGACAGGCCAGGAAUAAUCAAGCUUUUACAAGCUGGUAUCAGUAUUGUAAAUUUGGGUAAUGCAAAAAAAAAAAAUAAUAAUAAUAAUUAAUAAUAAUAAUCAUAAUAAAACAAUUCUAUCUGUUUUUAUCUUUUAACAUUCAAAGUACAGUAUUUUCUCUCACACUUGCACACAUUUUUUUUUCCAUCACCUUCUCGUCUCUUCUUUUCUCUUCUAGUCUCUUUUAUACUUUGCACCUUAAGGAAUUAAAUUGUUUAAUGAAUACACAUGCAAGCCCAUCCCAUAUCCUGUCUUUGUUGGCUCUUGUUCAGAUUCCUUUGUAGCAAAUUCUUGGGCAUUUUCAGUUGCAUUAAAGUUUGCAUCAGAUUGCUUGCCAUGUAUGGAAAAGUAAAUAUGUAAUGCUUUACCACCAGUUCUCAAGGCCAAAAUUAACAGAUAGAGUUGAGCUUUAUUGCAAUUUGUUGGUUUAACAUAUAUGACUCCAGAGUUGUGGUACCAAUUAUAAUAUUUACCUCUGUGCUCAAUGUUAAACAUUUGAUGCUACGGCAGGGCCUUGCUAGUGUGCCAAACCAAUAUAGCCAUCACCAGUUACCAACAUUCCACAAAUCCACCGGAAGUCAUGGCUGCAGCAUUAAAUAGAUUGUAAACUUGUUAGUGAAGUCUGCUGUUGUUCAAGCUUAGCUGUUGAUGCUAUAAUUAUAAUAGUGUUUGAUAGACAAACUGUGCAUUUUUAUACCAACAGCUCCUUUCCAAGUAUGGUACUUUGGUAAAACCUGCAUUAGGUGUAAAUGAAGGUAACAAAACUGCUAUGUUUCCUUAUGAAUGUAACAGCUUUCCUCUUCGAGAUGUAGUUUUGGCAUAUUUUCUCUUUGUGUUGCAGCACUACAAGCAGUCUUCUAUCUCCCACCUUUUACCAUUGUAGCAUUGAGCAUUCUUUCUGAAAUCUCUGCUAGGAGUGCAUUGCCAGCAAGGGCAGUAUUGUAUUGGUCUGGUUUGAACAGUUCCAUUUAUAUAUGUAUUUUGACCACCUGUGCUGAUUUUCUCUUUUUUAUCAUUGUCUUAGUCACUCGUAGGAAAAAGAAAAAAAAAUUGUCAAACCAACAAAGCAUUUUUGGAACUUGGUCAGCACAUAGAAGCCAUGUAAACUUUCUGUAGUUUGCAUCAUGUGGAGGAUAUCACUUGCCAACCUCCACCUAGGAAGAGUUGCAGCUGAAGGAUAGUUGGAUAUUAUAACGCUUUCAUUGAUACUGAUCUCUAUUUGGAAUUCUGUGUUACACAGAUUUUGUUCAAAUUACGUAAUUAAGUGAAGGGAACCUAAAUACAUAUAUUGGAUGCAUUCUGUGUGAAAAGUUAUUGCUAUUAACUGCUUGGAUAAUAGGAGAGAGCACAGUAAUAGGAAUGUAAAGGGAAAUCACAUUUACAAUAAAGACGACCAAGAAUAUCUUGCGUUUUUGGACAUACUGUAUUUCUUUCUUAAUCAUAGUUAUUAUGAAAAGGAAAAUUCUAGAUUUAAUUUUAGGAUAGAAUGUCCUAUGUGCUGCAGCCUAAUAUUAAUGGUGAAUAGUGUCAAAUUGGUACUCACAAUUUGAGUCACUUUAAUAGCUUUGCCCUAUGUAUAGAAACCUAUCAUCUCAUAUAAAAAUUUGGAUCACAUUUGUCAGGUGGAUUAAAUAAAUAAAUGGCACUUGGUUA